GACCUCAUUCCCUCCAGCUAGCCUCUCGAAGCGGGGAGCCCCGGAGCGGGAACAAGGCGCGGGCGCGUGCUGCUCGCGCACCGGCGGCGAUGGCGUCGGCGGGUGGUGGUGAGCCCGGCGUCGCGGGUGGCGUCGGGGCGCGCUCGGCUCCGUCUCCGCGGCCUCCCUGCGCAGCAUCCCGGCGUGCGGUCGCUGCGUACGGCGACGGUGACGGCGACGGGGACGGGGGCGACCUCCCCGAGGUAUUCGAGCGGCUCCACGCCGACGUCCAUGUGGACUUGGUGUCCGCAGCACGCUGCGUCGGCGCGAGUUCGUCUCCGCCUCCGCCUCGCUGCGCCGCUUCCCCGCUGGCCCUCCUUCCGCUCCAUGGCCACGGAGUCGGAGAGCUGCGAGUCUCCCUCCGCGAGGUGUUCGAGUGGCUGGUCGACAGCGGCUACGUGGAGUCCGUCGCGUCACGCGUCGGCGCGAGCUCGUCUUCGCGUCUGCCUCGCCCUCGCCGCGCCGCUUCCCCUCCCGCUCUCCUCCCGACCCAUGGCCACGGAGGCGGAGGCCUGCGACUGCGAGUCUCCCUCCGCGAGGUGUUCGAGUGGCUGGUUGCCAACGGCGUGGAGCCCGUCGCGUCCUGCGUCGGCGCGAGCUCGUCUUCGCGUCCGCCUCGCUGCGCCGCUUACCCGCCUGCUCUCCUCCCGUCCGAUGGCCACGGAGGCGGAGACCUGCGACUGCGAGUCUCCCUCCGCGAGGUGUUCGAGUGGCUGGUCGUCAACGGGUACGGGUACGUGGGCGUGGCGUCGGCAGCGUCUGGCGUCGCCGCGGGGUGGCCAACAUUGCCGCCUCAAUGCGCCGCGCCCCCGUCUGCGGUCGAUGCGUCGGGUGGCCACGGCGGCGGAGACCUCCGGGACCCCCUCCGCGACUUCCUCGAGCGGCUUGUCGCCGAAGGCUACGUGCACCUGGCGUCGCCAGCGUUCCUCUGCCCUUUCCGCUCCUGCACCAUCAACAUCGGCCGGCUUGCGAGUUAUCUGAUGAAUCUGAAUGCUCAACACUCGAAUAUGCUGCUUAUCAAUCAGAAGAACACGACAGAAGCAUAUUACCCUCAAGGGCAAUCAGUUUUCCAUCAGCAUCAUCCCAGGAUUCAAGAGCUCAAUGUGGAUGGGACAAACUUCAAUGUAUAUGAAGAAGCAGAUGAUCUUAGUGACGCUCUUGCUCUUUUUAUCGCCAAGCCCAAGCUCUUUGCUCAGCCAUCUCUUCUGCUUCCUGAAAUUGGGCUGAAGAGCCAAAUCUAUGCAACAACAGACGUCAUGUCAGCUAUUAGGGAAUUUGAUCAUGCCACUAAUCCUCAAUUUAUUGAUUCAUGCACAAGCGCACCUCAGUUUUGCUUAACUGCAGCUAACAUGUCUAGAGGAAGCCAGUUUGGUCUUUUGCACCAUGAGCAUGGAACUAGCACAGAUCGAUGGAUGACACACGAGGUCUUGACUUGCCGUCAAUGUGAAAUUUCUGCAGCAACAAUUCAAUAUUUGUUUCAUUGGAAUUCUAUUCUUGAGCAGAAACUGGAAGAGUUAUCUCAGCAUAAUAUUGCAGCCGUUCAAGAUAGAAGCAUAAGUGCACAUGACAUUGGGCCACUAAAAGCUGAGGCAGUGCAUGAUUCUGUUAGAAACUUGAAGGAGGGGGAAAAUGUAAGGGAGAAGUCCAAAAAAGAAACAAGUGGAGGCAAUGCACCAGAACCUGAUUCAGCGCCAAAUUCUGAUACAGGAUCAGCAGGAGUCUUCCAGGAGGAGAAGUUAAUGGAAAAAUUCAACAAGAUGCUUGUCGACUGUGUAUUCUUCGCUAUGCCACAAGUUUUGAUAUUUUUCCCGAGGUAUCAAGUUUCUGAAGAGAAAUCGGAUCAGCGGUUAAGCUUGAUGGCUAUUAUUCAGCACACAAAUAAUCAAAGCAAUGAGAAGGUUGCCGUUGUAUUAUUUUUUGUGAUAUUUGUGAGCGUAUGGUUGCUGGGCUUGGUUUUGUCUUUGUUUGGUCACGGAAGAAGAUGUACAGCAGCGGUUUCUAUGCUAACUCUAUGGACGGUUGGUUCAACGGUUGCUUUCAUAGAUUACAUGCUUUGCAAAUGCUUGCCAGAGGAUAAUCUUUUCACAUGGUUAUUUUGGGGCCAUUGGGCAGCAAUGUUUGUUGGCAUAGCGUACAUAUGGUUUGCAUAUGUAGGCGUACCAAAGUUUCCAUCAGUCCGGCUUCCUAGGUGUCAGCCUAUCUCUGUACGUGUCCCAAAGCUUCCACCAGUUCAGUUUCCUAGUUGUCAGCGUGUCUUCAAUCUGUUCAGAGGAUGGCGCCACAGUCUAGCGCCUGCUGUUGUACAUGAUGCUCAAGCGGAGGAUGAGUUGCAGCGGGCUUUGCUACCAGUUUGAUAAGGCAGCCUGUGAUCGGUGACUUGUUCCAUCAACAUUUGAUAGCUGUCUUUUCUGCGAUGUGGACAUAAACAUGAUGAUGUUUCGGUGAUACACUCACAGCCCUGAGUAUCAGUGUGGAUAUAAACAUGACAUGAUGCUACUCUGCA